UUUCUCUGUUUGACGUUUCUUCCUCCGUUCUUAAGUUCCAAUCACAAACCUGACAUCGCCCUAGCGUGUGACUAUCCAUACGUUUCCGUGUUUCUGAUGUCAAGCUACUUCGUCUUCUUCCCCGUUCAUUGCCAGGCGCAUCUUGGUCAAUGCUGCCGUAUUCAACCCACCAGUGCACUUCAUUGAUCUUGCAUAUCUGGGGGUGGCAACAUGGGCUCAAUUUCAAAGGAAGAGAUGCCCACCAGGCUCGCCAGCUCGGCUCUCCCUUCCUAUACUCGCCAUAAUUUCCCUGCGAUUACAACCUUGGCCGCCGCAACACAUUAACAUCAACGUUGAGUUACUCGAAGCUCCUGACGCUCAGCUGCCGAGCAUACCAAGAGCAACCGAGUUUCCGUGAUCCAUCAUACCGACACACUCUUGAUACUCAUUUAGAGGCUCUCGACAGUCUGCUUCAGUUUCACUCCACUGAUGCUCUGAAAAUAAGAGCUGGGUAUUUCUUCUCUUCGUCAACGACCGCCUUGAACGCAAGGCCAUCACCCGCUCUCGGGAUCUGCAGAGAAAUCACCCACGCAUAUCUCUGUACAUCAAAGGUAUUAACCUCUCGAGAUGGCUCAAGACAACAUUUCCGCCGACCAGUCUCGAAUUGUUUCCGACCAAGAACCGGAAUACAAGUUUGGAGUGGUUGAUAUUGGUAUCAUUGUGGCCUCUUGUGUCAUCUUGGUAUCCGUCUUCGUCGGUCGAUUCUACAUCCGCAGGUUACAGCACCGUCGACAGCUGGACAUGGAGUUCCAAGCCCGGCAGAGAGACCUGGAGGCUUUGUACGAAGAAAACGGCAAACAACGAGUGACCAGUAUGGCAUCAUAUAUCGGCUCUGCUGAGCCAUCAGUACUUAAAGACGACGUCAUUAUCCAGCCCAAGAUCAACAAUGGGUCUGAAAAGCAGGUGCUGAAGCCUCCCCUUUGGCGUUACAUCAACUCGAAACACCAGCGUAACGGCUCAGUCACACUCGCUAUUCCACUUCACAACCGGGAUAACUAGGUCCUUUGACCUGCAACUUCUGUUCACCGGUGGAUCAUUGGGUCCACCACCUUUCGGUCCAGAAGCUAUUCACUCCUUCUAAUUAAGAUUUCCCGAUGAGCCUCAUCACAUCUGCUGUUUCUUCCUUCUUUCUUUUUUUCUGGUUCAGUUCAGUCACGUUGAGGUGCAUAAUCAGGGGUUAUACCGGUACCAGGUUUACGUGGGUUUUGAGGGAGGUGGAAGUUCACUCCGCAGCUGUCGGUGUCGUUUGCAACCUAUGGCCGCCCUUUGGCGUCGCAAGCCACGCAUCUAAAAGGUUGUCAAGUUUCAUUUCGCAAAUGAUCAGAAGGGAAUCUGAUUGGGGGUCCUGUCAGUUCGGUUCGAUAAAAGAUGCCGCUGGCCAUGUGUUCCCAUGCAUGCAUCCAUCACACAAAAGAGGAGGUGGAUACCUUUUUCUUCAAGAUUUCAUACCUACUCUAUCUCUUUCACCUUCUAGCUGUCAUGAUAGUAAUUUGACGUAUCCUCGCUUGAUGUUUGGCUUCUGUUUGUGUUCGUCAGCUCGGGCCUUUUAGUUGCAUCGUUUGCUCUGAAGACCGAAUCGUUAUGCGGCUGGCCGCCGAGCUUUCCUGUGUUCUGUUCCAUUGCUUGUUGCCCCCCUCUCCUCUUGUAAGACAGGACAUUCUCGUUGCGUAGACAGAGCAAUGGUUACUGUUCAAAUUCC